AUGAAUGAGACUUCUGACAGCAAGUCAGCGCAGCAUUUUCAUUGCAGCCAAGGUGGUGAGUUGUUGAGGCAUGUGCAGACAUCCACACCAGAUCUUGGCCAGAUUGUGCUGGCCGCCGAAUCUCAGGAUCUGGCUCCGCUGGAAAAGUAUGGGGCCGACCCUUUCUUCUGGACCUACAUCAUCGUGUCUGUCUUGAUCAUUCUGGUGUCGUUGUACUUGAUCACCAAGCCAUACUGGGAGCAGCGCUGGCUGAUUGAGAAGAUCAACGCGCAAAAGCUGAAGUUCAUCACACAAGAGGAGGAGGUUACUCCCAUCGACCAGUUCGAGCUUGGGCGCAUGUACAAUGCUCUGAAGGACUUCCCUAGUGCCCUGGCAGAGUUUGAAGAAGUCGAAGAAGAUUUCGAUGAGGUGCGAGACAGCCUGGACCCUGAGGAUGCCAUGGGAGCUCUAGCUGCGCGCGCCCAGCUGCACAACAGCAAAGGCUUUGCGCUGAUGAAGUUGGAGCCCCCACGGACCGCUCAAGCCAGGCGAGAGUUUGUGCGAGCAGUUACGUAUUGGCCGGAAUAUCCAGAGGCAUUGAUCAACAUUGGCAGAGAGCUGAUGAAGCGGAAGCGUUUUGACGUUGCCGUCCGCACGUUGAACACUGCUCUGAAGUGGCAGCCCGGGAAUGAGCAAUUCUCGGAAGUUGCGGAACAGGCACGGAAAGCCAUGGAUGGGGAGCUGUCCAAGGCUGAGCUCGAGCAGAUUGUUGCGUAG